ACGUUUUCGUAACGACGACAGUUUAUAGACGUCAUGAUGAAAUAACUUUGCUCCUCUAACGGGGGCGCUACACCCAAAAUACAACACAAUAUUGUGGAGAAGUCGGUCAUCACCUCGGAAGCACAAGCAACCCGGAAAGAUACAGUAUUUGUCAAAUUGAUACAGUCUACAGGCAAUGUUAAUGUUAUUACUGGUACUGCAAUUACACAUUUAUUUUUGCAAUUUAAAAUCGAAUGGCACUGUCAUCAUGAAUGCACCAGCUCGCUAAACCGAUACGGAUACGUAACGGUUUAAAAUAUACCUAGCUGGCUGAAUCUGAAUACUAGCUACCCGAAUAGCAAGCCACUGCAACUUUUGUUAUCAAAACAGCUGGGAUCCUAAAAACCACUGUGCAUUCCAGGAAAAGUCCGGUACGAUCUGGCGUGCAAAUGACUACACACGAAAGCUGUAUGGACUCAUUUCUGUCGGAUGAAGAGGACGCCCGCGCGAUUGAAGACGCGAUUAAGGCAGCAAUAAAAGCUGUCAUGUAUGUUUUGUGCAACAUAAACAACAACAAAAUACGUGCGUAUGAAAUGAUGGUGGCCCAGAGGGACAGAGAGAACGAAAGACUGAGAAUGCAAAUGAAGUCCGCUGAGAUGGAAUUGAUAUCACUGCGGCGAUACAGACGGACAAUGGGACAGGGGGGUCUUGUGGAUUCUGUUUGCAGCCUUGACUCCGGGAUUUCGUCGGAAGAAAACAGCAAACAGGAUUUGUGCGCUAAAUCAGGGUCGUGCGACGCCGAGGAAGACAUGCGCGGCCAACCCCUGUGGAGCAAGGAGUUUGCCACUGAGUGUACCGGUCCCUGUGCAAGUGCGGCUGACCAGGCGGAGCGUGAAGGUUGGGGGACGACGGUUGACCCUUCCCUGGUCGCAUUCGGCGAAGGUCUUCGCUGCAGGUCACGGGGGGAGUGGACCAACGGCGGCCCGCUGAAAUCGGACGGUGACAGCGGGCACCCCGCAGCCGCUGCGGAGGGCCCCGUCCCGGUGAAGGAGGAACCCCCCGAUUUUGAAACCGUAUGCGUGAAGUGGGAAGUCUGCGAUCGCGGUGUUCCGGUGGGUGGCGGCGCUCGCCCCGCGCCUAAAAACGGCACCGCGUCGACGUGGUCCAGAGACGGAGCUCUCCCUUGUGGCGAGAGGCAGAAGCACAGCUUCGGUUUCCCCGGUCUUCCAGGAGAGAGGACAACGCUUCCCCCGACCUGCCAAAAAAGCGCAUGCUCGGUUUGGCCGGAUUUGGAGAUGAAGAGAAUGUCCAACAGGGAAAAGCUGCAACGCUACAGAGCCAGGAUACGGGCGGACCCAGACAAGUACCGGGUGUACCGGGAAAUGGACCGUCGUAGGUACCAGAUGAGGAAAAAGUCCAUAAAAGAUCUUCCCGAGCACUGUCAGAAGCUGAAGCGGGAGGCGUGGAGAGAGGCGGCCAGGCGACACCGCGCGCGGAAGAAGUCCUGCCCUCCGAUUGGCCCUCACGUCGACCUUGCGCUAAACGUGGAGGUGCCGUUGGACCCCACCGAAAUCCUCCAGAGCUGGGAUCCCACAAUUUGCACUGGCCAAGGAAACCAAGUCCCAUCGGAUUGAUGGGCGAUUUUGUACCUGUUAAGACUGGAAGUUAUUAAAUUUGGCGCCCCCUUUUGGUGGUUUGUAUAUAUACGGAUUAUUACUCUUAUUGUGUAUAAUCCAUUUAUAAAGGUUGAUAUUUAACUUUUGGCUGUUUAGGUCAAGUACUUCACUCUUGAGCACAAGGGCUGUGCCCGCACUCUGGUGUCGAACCUGCAACUCUCUGACUCUAAGGGUAGCUUUCUAAGCACUGUGCUGUCACAGCACUCUAACCGAGGUUAAAUUACUGCUGUUCUUACAUGUUUAUUCAGAAUAUAUUUUACCUGAAUUUUUUUUUUUUUUUUUAGUUUGGUCAUAUGCAUAUGAACAUGAAGAUAAAUAUGACAGAUUAUUUUGUCAAUUGAGUCAAUUUUUCAGUUGAGGGAUUUUUGGUCUAAUUGCAAGGACUGGCAGGCCAUUAAAGUCAACAGCAGGUUAAGGCAUUAUUUAUUUCAACACCCAAAUGAGGCAAAACAAAAAUUACUGGCAGAGAUGACAUCAUGUGUGUUAUUUCCGCUGUCUUUUGGCGUAGGGGAAACACAUUGUGGGACUCUUUGUGUUCUGCGUGUGCAAAUUUAGUGUUAUGGACUCCAGAGCCAAGGGUCCUCACUCCUACUGUGUGUAUUCAGCUGCAAAUGCAGUUCUGUAUUUGUCACUGCUGACAUUAUGACCUGCUGAUAUUAUAACCUGAAAUCAUUUGAAGUGAAAAUGCCAGCUGUGACAGUGCAGAUUUUGAUGUGGUAUAGCCUCAUGGAGCAUGUAGUGUUUUAUGGUUAUUGUAAUAACUUGUAAUAAUUCAAUUUUUUGGAUUAAAACUACGCUUGGCAAAUGUCUUGUGGGUAAAGUCCCUCGAUUUCAUUGAAACAGCAGUCUGAAUCCCACUGUGCACAAUGAUUUAAAAAAUUUUUUUAUCUCAUAUUGUAAUGUGUUUGGCCAUGCAUUCAAACAGAUGUCAAGUGAAUACGUUUUUGAUUAGUGAUUUCAUAAUUUAGUUAGCACUUGUUAGAUUACAUGUUAUGUUUCGUUUAAAAAAUGUCUGUUUGGGAAGGCCUUCUGAAUAGGCCCCGCAUCAAAGUAAAGUCAACGGCGAUUUCUCCGUUAGCAUCGUGAUUGGUGUCGCCCAGUGAAAGUGCAGAGCAGUUUCGCUUCCGCUGUGAUCAGGCCACUCCCUUCUUCAACAGGAAGUGUAUCAUGAGCCAUCAGGAAGCUGAAACCAAAACAUCCAGUCAGUUGGUUUAAAUUAGCUCUUUAGAAAGGGGCAACAAGCAACGCAGCCAGGAUUAAGAAAACAACAUUUGAGGAAUCAGUGGAGCCUCCUGUUUUCUGUGACAUCAUUGAUACAGUGAUGUCGGUCGGCGAGGCGACAGUGGCCUCCAGGCUGAAAAAGCAGCUGGCCGACAAGAAGGAAUCGUUGGAAGCCUUCAUGGAGAUGCUGGAGAAAGGGGCGGAGCUUCUGGCGGAGACGGUGGGCGAGAUGCUGCCCAUCUUCUCCAUUGUGGCCCCUGUGGUGCAGCUGGCCCUGGACAACGUGGAGAGCAAGGAGGCGGAGUUCAUGAAGGCGCAGUUCCAGAAGGUGCGAGAGCGGCUGGAGGUCGUCUCCGAGGAGAUCCGCCGCGUCGACCAGGAGAUCAGGAAGAGCGGGGCGGACGCCGCCUACUUCUCGGUGGAGGAGAACCUGAGCAAUCAGUUCCGCAAGUUCAUGGACGUCCUCAACGCCAAGCCCAAGUUCCGGGAGGUCAAGAAGGAGAUCUUUCUGGAGCACUUUGCGAAGACCGGGGGCGACAAGAACCUGCACACCCUGUACGGCGCUGUGACAGGGGACAACUUCUCUGGGGAGUCGGUGCUGGAGAUCACCCUCAACUACCACGAAAAGAGUCGCCGGGCCGUGGAGGAAUUCUGCGCCCGUCUGAAGAACCUCUUCUGCCUGGGGCUCAUCGCCCUGGUGGGCCAGGCGGCUCUGAAGGGGACCGGUGAGGAAGAGGAUGUCCUGAAGGACUGGGGGGAGAGGAUGAGGCUCAUGGAGGAGAAGAUGAAGGCGGCGGUCGAGGUCUGCAAGGCCGGCUUCGCCGAGCAGGCCAAGCUGGACGUGGGGAAGCGGCUGAAGGAGUGGAGCGCCGAAACCCCGGUUGACCUCGCCAGCAACGUCGCAAAGUUCCUGAACCGGAAGUAUGACUGGGUGUCCUGGUUGGUCAGGGCCUACACCCCCACGAGGGGCUGCUUCGGCGGCCUGGCGCGUGGGGGCAAGGACGAGGCCGUGUGCGGGGGAAACCACUUCACCUUCGAGGGCUCGGUUCGGGUGGUGGUGUCCUACAGCCCGAAUCCCGUCGGCUUGGACGAGGGCGGCCUUCGCAGGCUGAUCGAGGGCCAGGGGCGGAGGACGCGGGACCUGGAGAAACUGGCGAGCAGGAUUCACGCCGGCCUGCCGCAUUGCCUUGUGCACGUGGUCCACCGCCGGUGGGAGGUGGCUGUCGAUGCCAGCAGCUUCCCCGGUGACUGUCAGUAUUGCCAGCAGUACAGGAACGCCCGUAUCUACAUACAUGCAGAGUGACUUGCCAACGUUACCCACGGCACAGGACAAACCCGUCUUUACAUACAGUUGACUGAAGGGAUCACUCACAUCUCCGUACAGUUUGACUGACUGGGGACGUCUUGUUGACUGACUGGGGAUUCUUUUAUUAAUUUUUAAAUGUCUUCAUGGUCUUGCCCCAUUUUACCUCAGCGAUAUGAUUGUAAAGUAUAUUCUGGCUAGGUCACUUAGAUCGUCUGACAGCAAUAUGCUGGUCAUUCCUAGAACCCAGUUGAAAAGUGGGGAAUCUGCUUUUAGUUCCUAUGGAAACCUUAGAGCCAUCAACACUUUCAGCAGUUUUAAAAAGAAACUUAAAACACAUCUAUUUACUGCUUUUAACUGUUGCUU